AUGCAGGUCAUCAAUGAAAACUCGCUGCGCGAGUUUUAUGCGCACGUGUAUCCCGUAGAGCUCAUCACCCAAUGGUUAUCGUACCGGGUCAGCCAGCCACGUCGUUCUGCGGGCUCCUCCGUGGCUGCGGUGAAAGGUGAGCCGACGGCGGUGUCCGGAGAGGACAGUAAGGACGGGGCACGCCAUGCGCUCGGCAUAAAGGCGGAGCCAUGCGAUGCAAUGGGAGCUGCCUCAGGCGCCGACGAUGAGGACAAGGAGUGGCUGGAUGGGAAGGGGGCUGCUGCCGCGGAGGGCUAUCUUGCGCGCCGCGAGUUCUGCUUCACCCUCAUGGGCGAGAUCUUCACCCGUUUCCGGAGCUACAGAAGUGCCGAGGAGCUGCGCGCCGAGCUGGUGCGCUGUUUUCCAGAGAAAAUCGACGUUGGGGCCGUGUACAACAUUCGGCCAAACCAGAAGCAAGGGCUCGCGAACGUCUUUCCGGUGGAGCGGGAGCUCGUGUUCGACAUCGACAUGUCAGACUACGACAAUGUGCGGUCCUGUUGCUCCGGCAAGAACAUCUGUUCCUACUGCUGGGCGUGGAUGUCGUGCGCGGCGCACGUGCUGCACACGGUGCUGCGCGACGACUUUGGCUUCAAGUACAUCCUGCCCGUGUUCUCGGGUCGCCGCGGUAUUCACUUGUGGGUGUGUGACCGGCGUGCCAGGCUCAUGACAAACGAUGAGCGAGCGGCGCUGGUCGGGUACUUGACCGUCGUGGCACCCAAGACACUCCGCAGCACCGUUGUGGCGGACCUGGCGAACCACCGCCUCAUCCACCCAACAAUCCGCCACGUGUUGCGCACACAGCUCGACCGCGCCUUCACUGCGCUUUUCGUAGCGUCCUCGAGCGACAACCCCAAUAACAUUCAGCAUCAUCCCAAGGCUGCUUAUAUCGUGCAUGACGCUACAUCGGCUGUCCUGAAGCUCGGCCGUCGCGACACCUUGAACCGGUUCCAGCAGCACGUGCACUUCCAGCAAGGCAACGUGCUGGACUGGCCAACGUACCUGCACGCCCUCGGCUCGGAACAGGAGGCCACCGAUAUUUUGCACGCCGUGCAGCUUCUUCUCAUGUAUCCGCGCCUGGACGAGCACGUAAGUACGCGGCGUGAUCACCUGCUGAAGCUUCCGUUUUGCGUGCAUCCCGGCACGGCCUCCUUGUGCUGCCCACUCGAGUGGGAAGAGGUGGAUGGGUUCAACCCAACAGAGGACGCGCCGAAGCUGCAGGAAAUUCUACUGAGCCGCAGCCUGGAUGUGCGCUGGACGCGGCCGCUAGAGCGCAUGCUGAAGGACAUGCGCACAGACGAGCACGAGAGCUCCUCGUGA